CUGUACUAUGUUUCUCUUUGUAUAGUCAUAGUAGCUGAAGGUUAAAAAUGGCAUGUGUUUUUUGCUUUAAUGUACCUUUAAUGCACCUCUGGAGUGUCCGGUCCAAACUCUAGCUCAUUGAUUACCAGGAUCAUUUCAGGAUUGCAGGGCAAAAAUGGCAAUGGAGAAUGAAAUUAAUCUAGAAUCAACUGACAGCAAUGCCAGUUACCUACGAGCAGCCCGGGCUGGAAACCUUGAGAAAGCCCUUGAUUACAUAAAGACUGGCGUCGACAUCAACAUCUGCAACCAGAAUGGGUUGAACGCUCUUCAUCUAGCAUCUAAAGAAGGCCAUGUGGAGGUCGUGACUGAGCUUUUAAAACUUGGUGCCGCUGUGGGUGCUGCAACAAAGAAAGGAAAUAGUGCCCUGCACAUAGCAUCACUCGCCGGACAGGUGAAUGUCGUGAAGGAACUGGUGACUAAUGGAGCGAAUAUCAACGCCCAGUCUCAGAAUGGAUUCACGCCACUCUAUAUGGCUGCCCAGGAAAAUCACCUUGACGUGGUUAAAUACCUUCUGGACAAUGGAUCAAGUCAGAGCAUUGCCACAGAGGACGGUUUUACUCCUCUGGCCGUAGCUCUCCAGCAGGGUCAUGAACAGGUGGUGUCUCUGCUCCUGGAGAAUGACACCAAGGGCAAGGUGCGGUUACCCGCCCUGCACAUCGCCGCCCGGAAGGAUGACACAAAAGCAGCGGCACUGCUACUGCAAAACGACCAUAAUGCAGAUAUCGAAUCCAAGAUGAUGGUGAAUAGAACGACAGAGAGUGGCUUCACCCCUCUCCACAUAGCAGCUCACUACGGCAACAUCAAUGUAGCAACUCUUCUCCUGAACCGUGGGGCUGCCGUAGACUUCAAGGCGAGGAAUGACAUCACACCUCUCCAUGUGGCGUCAAAAAGAGGAAACAGCAACAUGGUCAGACUGCUGCUGGAGCGAGGGGCACGAAUCGAUGCCAAAACCAAGGACGGCCUUACACCUUUACACUGUGGAGCGAGGAGCGGUCAUGAACAAGUUGUUGAGAUGUUGCUAGAUCGUGGAGCUCCAGUCCUUUCUAAGACAAAGAAUGGUCUGUCCCCAUUGCACAUGGCAACACAGGGAGAUCACCUGAACUGUGUUCAACUCUUGCUCCACCAUGAAGUACCUGUGGACGACGUCACCAACGAUUAUCUGACCGCGCUGCACGUCGCUGCCCACUGUGGACACUACAAAGUUGCCAAGGUCCUUGUGGACAAGAGUGCCAACCCUAAUGCCAAAGCACUGAAUGGUUUUACACCACUUCACAUCGCCUGCAAGAAGAACAGGAUUAAAGUGAUGGAGCUACUGCUGAAACAUGGAGCAUCCAUUCAGGCUGUUACUGAGUCUGGACUUACGCCGAUUCAUGUGGCCGCUUUUAUGGGCCAUGAAAACAUUGUGACACAGUUGACAAAUCACGGAGCGUCUUCUAACACGAUGAAUGUGAGGGGAGAGACGGCACUCCAUAUGGCUGCCAGGGCGGGACAAGCAAACGUGGUGAAGUUUCUGGUGGCAAAUGGGGCAGAUGUGGACGCCAAAGCCAAGGACGAUCAGACCCCAUUGCAUAUCUCCAGUCGUCUGGGAAAACCAGAUAUAGUCCAGCAGCUGCUGCAACAUGGAGCUACACCCAAUGCCACCACUACAUCUGGAUACACACCGCUCCACCUGGCUGCGCGGGAUGGCCACAAAGACAUGGCAUCCAUACUGCUGGACAACGGAGCAUCUCUUAACAUCACCACCAAGAAAGGAUUCACUCCUCUGCAUGUUGCAGCCAAGUACGGGAAGAUUGAAGUUGCCAACUUGUUGCUACAGAAGCGAGCGCCACCUGACGCAGCUGGAAAGAGUGGACUAACACCACUGCAUGUUGCUGCACACUACGAUAACCAGAAAGUGGCCCUUCUUCUGUUGGAUCAAGGAGCGUCCCCACACACAGCAGCAAAGAAUGGUUAUACACCACUGCACAUAGCUGCCAAGAAGAAUCAGAUGGAGAUAGCCACCACACUGCUGGAGUAUGGAGCUGAUACCAACGGCAUGACGCGCCAGGGCAUCAGCCCGCUUCACCUCGCAGCCCAGGAGGGCAACGUCGACAUGGUGACCCUCCUCCUUGCCCGAGAAGCCACUAUCAAUCUGGGAAACAAGAGUGGACUGACCCCUCUUCACUUGGCGGCUCAAGAGGACAAAGUCAAUGUUUCAGAAGUGCUGGUUAAUCACGGUGCCACAGUGGACACAGAGACUAAGAUGGGAUACACCCCCCUGCAUGUGGCCUGUCACUAUGGCAAUGUGAAGAUGGUUCACUUCCUGUUAAAGAACCAGGCUAAAGUCAAUGCCAAAACUAAGAAUGGAUAUACACCUCUUCAUCAGGCCGCUCAGCAGGGUCACACACACAUCAUUAAUCUUCUGCUGCAGCACGGAGCUUCUCCUAAUGAACUUACAGUGAAUGGAAACACAGCCUUAUCUAUCGCCAGGCGUCUGGGUUACAUCUCUGUGGUUGACACACUUAAAGUCGUGACCGAGGAAACUCACACCACUACGACAGUGACGGAAAAACAUAAAAUGAAUGUUCCAGAAACAAUGAACGAAAUUUUGGACAUGUCAGAUGAUGAAGUUCGUACAGCCAAUGUGCCUGAAAUGCUCUAUGAGGACUAUAUGUCAGAUGUUGAAGAAGGUGAGGAUGCGAUGACAGGAGACACGGAUAAGUACCUGGGUCCGCAGGAUCUGCGGGAGCUCGGAGACGACUCCCUGCCUCAAGAGGGAUACAUGGGCUUCAGUGUCGGAGCUCGUACGGCGAGCCUGCGCUCCUUCAGUUCGGAUAGGUCCAACACACUCAACCGGAGCUCCUUCACUCGAGACAGCAUGAUGAUCGAAGAGAUCCUGGCGCCAACCAAGGAAACGAAGCUUCAGGGCCUAUGUAAAAAUAUGCCCAUCCUUGUUGACCCUCUACAUAAGCACCUGGCUUUAGCUAAAGAGUACAACACUGACCCGCUGAGACGCUACAGCUGGACACCAGACACUAUGGAUAACGUAAACUUGGUGUCCAGCCCCAUUCAUUCAGGGUUUCUGGUGAGCUUCAUGGUGGACGCCCGAGGCGGUUCAAUGCGAGGAAGUCGCCACAAUGGCAUGCGCAUCAUCAUCCCACCGCGCAAGUGCACCGCACCCACACGCAUCACAUGCCGCUUGGUAAAGAGACACAAGCUGGCAUCCCUGCCACCCAUGGUGGAGGGCGAGGGGCUCGCAAGCAGGCUGGUGGAGGUGGGCCCUGCGGGGGCACAGUUUUUGGGCCCUGUGAUUGUGGAGAUCCCUCACUUUGGGUCCAUGAGAGGAAAAGAACGAGAGCUCAUCGUGCUCAGAAGUGAGAAUGGAGAGACUUGGAAAGAGCAUCAUUAUGACUCCAAAACUGAAGACCUCAAUGAACUCCUCAAUGGCAUGGAUGAAGAGUUGGACAGCCCAGCAGAUCUGGAGCAGAAGCGCAUCUGCCGGAUCAUCACAAAGGACUUCCCACAGUACUUUGCGGUGGUGUCCCGCAUCAAACAGGAGAGUAAUCAGAUGGGUCCAGAGGGAGGGGUUCUAUCCAGCAUGACGGUUCCUCUGGUCCAGGCCUCAUUCCCUGAGGGUGCACUCACCAAGAAGAUCAGAGUUGGACUGCAGGCCCAGCCUGUUUCAGAUGAGGCUGUGAAGAAGAUGAUAGGUAAUCGUGCAACUUUCAGCCCCAUUGUGACAGUGGAGCCUCGUAGGAGGAAGUUUCAUAAGCCUAUCACCAUGACCGUACCAAUGCCUCCACUCUCUGGAGAGGGUGUGGUCAAUGGAUACAAAGGAGACACCACACCCAGUCUACGCCUCCUGUGCAGUAUAACUGGUGGCACAUCAAUGGCUCAGUGGGAGGACAUCACUGGUACAACACCUCUCACUUUCAUGAAUGACCGUGUGUCCUUCACUACAAAUGUAUCUGCCCGGUUUUGGCUUGCAGACUGCCAUCAGAUUCCAGAGACUGUCGGGUUGGCCACUCAGUUGUACAGGGAGCUCAUCUGUGUGCCCUACAUGGCCAAAUUUGUGGUGUUUGCCAAAAUGAAUGACCCUGUGGAGUCCAACCUGCGAUGCUUCUGUAUGACGGACGAUAAAGUGGACAAAACUCUGGAACAACAGGAGAAUUUUGAGGAGGUGGCCAGAAGCAAAGACAUUGAGGUACUGGAAGGGAAACCCAUCCAUGUGGACUGUUAUGGCAAUUUGGCCCCUCUGACCAAAGCUGGACAGCAUCUGGUUUUUAACUUCUACGCAUUCAAGGAAAACAGACUCCCAUUCUGUGUGAAGAUCAGAGAUAGCAGCCAAGAGCCCUGUGGCCGUCUGUCCUUCCUCAGAGAGGCCAAAACUUCCAAGGGUCUUGUUCAGACUGCUAUCUGUAACUUAAAUAUCACACUGCCAGGACUGAAAAAGGAUGAGGAUUCAGAUCUUGAGGAAGAGACUGAAAAGCCAGAACGACGUCAUACCUUUGCAUCUCUUGCCUUACGUAAGCGCUACAGCUAUCUGACCGAGCCUGGAAUGAGCCCUCAAAGUCCCUGUGAAAGAACAGAUCUUCGUAUGGCUAUUGUAGCAGAUCAUUUGGGCCUGAGUUGGACUGAGCUGGCCAGGGAAAUGGAAUUUUCGGUGGAUGAGAUAAAUCACAUCCGUGUGGAAAACCCCAACUCAUUGACAGCUCAGAGUUUCAUGAUGUUAAAGAAAUGGGUUAGCCGAGACGGUAAAAACGCUACAACUGAUGCCUUAACUGCUGUCCUGACUAAGAUCAAUCGGCUGGAUAUUGUGACAUUGCUGGAAGGGCCGAUAUUUGACUAUGGUAACAUUUCAGGCACAAGAUGUUUUGCAGAUGAUAGCGCAGUUUCCCAGGAGCAGGCUGAUGGUCAUCACAGCAUUGAUCUGGAGCUCAAGAGUCCCUCAGAGCUGACCUAUGAACUCCCUACCCCUCUACACCAGGAUGAUUUCUUUAGCGAGGAUUGUAGGCUAAACUUCCCCACUAGUACCCUUGUUAGACCCAGUGAACUGUCCUUGACAAACACUAGUGGCCCAGUUUUUGCAGAUGCCAAGCCUCCUACCGUCAAGGCAGAGGAUACCUGGAUCAGAGGCCAGGACUCUGUUAGCCAAGAGGAUGGGUCAACUGAAGAUGAUGUUGGUGUCAGCCACGAAUCUACUGCCUCAUCAAAGCAACAUGAAGAAUCAGAGGUUUUCCUAAGCAGCCCAGUGAGAGAGCAGAAUGAAGCCCAAACUGAGCCUACUGUUUGUACCUCAACCAAUGUGGCUCCUGAAAAGAGUGGCUGGUCUGGUUUUGAAGAGGAAGGCUCAGAGGAUGAGGAGAUAUCUGAGGAGAGGCUUCAAGUGAUCCUUUCACAAGUGCAGCAGACAGAAAAAGACAUGUCUUCAAUUUCAGGUUUGCAGGGUGAGACGUCCAGUGCAAAUGUAAAGAUGGCAACUUCAGGCCAAGGACUGGGUACAGAUACACAAGUGCAGGGAGAGUCCAGACAAGAGCCAAUGUCCUCAACCCCUGGAGUGCAAGUUGAGAAGCAAAAUGGGGAACAUCUGGAGCUCCAAACCCAAGCUCUCUUGUCACCAGACGCCAAUGAGUCUUCCAGCAAAACAAAGGGCAAAGUGAGGAAAGACUCUGGACGAGAGGAAUUGAGCAGCGAGGCUCAGGAGGACAGAAACACAGGACCAAACAGCAGGGAGGAGGGCAUAUCUGUUUCUGAGUCUAAAUCCCAGGGUGAUCAGGCCACAAACAUUCCUGGCGAGAUGGUGACAGAGGAGCAGUACACAGACAAGGAUGGAAACAUAGUCACCAGAAAAGUCAUCCGGAAAGUGUUGCAUCACACAGCUGGUGUGGAGGAAAAAAGCAAGAGAAAGCCUGGGAAGCGCUCUCGGCAGGCCAAUAGGGCCGACCAGGAGAAAAAGGGUGGCCCCAGGCCCCAAAGAGAGCACACUGAGGCUGAUGAAGCAGGGAGGGAUAAAAAGAAGUAAGGAAGACAAAGGGAGAAAAAGGGUCAAUCAUAACAAUCUGAUUUGAAAUGGUUUCAAAAUCAUUUUCCUGGGAGGAAGAUCACUGGAAACCCGCAGGAGGUCAGAGGAUAAAGAUCGUGUGUCUGCAGCUUUCAUAAAAACAGCCAGAGGACUUUUGAUUUCGCAUGAGCAUGAAAAACUUGUUUCUGUCAAUAACACGGAACCACUAACAGUUGUCCCAGAAUGUUGAGAGGACAUUGUUGGUGCAACGUUUUGAUCGAUUGGGAGUGUACCAUGACCAAAGAGGCCACAAAACACAUUGUUGAUUGACAGAAAUGGAGGAACACUUUCGAAUCACCUUCCACACUCGCCUUACAUUUUUCUCCUCUUGGACCCAUAAUGUCGGGGUGUAUAAUGCUGUGUAAUGGAGCUAUUGUUGUACAUAAAUUACACUGUAUAAAUUCUAAAGUGGCUCACAAUAUUGUUAAUGCACUGGCAAGUGAGUAGGAAUGAGCUACCAAUUCUGACUUUAAGGGAAAAUUUGAUGUCACAUGCACUUGUAUAAUUAUAAGCAGUUUGUAAAUGAAAAACAAAAAAUGAAAAAACAAAUCAGCUUGAUUUUAACAGACAUUUCUUUUAAACCUACUGCAAUUUCAAUGAUAUGGAAUUUGGAGCCACUUUAGUUUUGUUCUAAGACUUCAGAAUACUAACAUUUUCAUGCAUGUAAUUCACUUUUUUAUUUUGAUUUUUCUAAACUGCAUAACACAAAAGUGAAUGGGUGAUUAUGUGUAUACUCAUAGUGCUGCCACUGGCCACUAUAGGUUUAUUUUUAGAAAGAUGACAGUAUCACAUCACCACUUAAUCAAAUGUGAAUGGAGAUUCAUUGCUCAGUUUCACUAAAAUACACUGUGUCCCAUCACAUGGCUUUGGAUUCCCUAUGCAGUUAAAGAUAUGCCUGAAAUCUGAAUUUGCACCAUAUUGUGUCAUGUCGAAUGAUUUAAUACAGUUUUAACUGUUUAACUCAUGCAUAUUUGCUCUAAGAUGUAUAAGUGUUUUGUCAGUAUCAUUUGUAAUCAUUCUAGCCAUGUAUUUCUACUUUUCAAGCAUUCUGGGGUUUUGGGGGAAAUUUUAUUUUGGUUUUGGUGCAUUAUUGACAAUAAUCACCCUCAAGCAUUCAUGGAUGAUGGAUCUGAUAACAAACAUAUGUAUGGAAAAACAACGUACACUGGAUGAUCAAAAUCAUUAUUUAAGCUAAUAAUAAAUUGUGUUCA